GGACAGGUGGACUGCGCAGGAUGUGCUGACUGGCUCACGGAGGGCCGCAAAGGAAUUGGCGCAAAGAAUGCGGAAAGCGCCGGCGCCGAUCUUUUCUUGGGGGCUGCCAGAGGCCCCGACGUAUCCACGGAAAGUGGUUGGUGGAGGAGGCGAAUGCCUCGAGGGGAGCAAGGGAGCUUCAUGUGGCUGUCCGAAUCGGAGGAGGACGAGGAAUCGUCGAGGACUGCUGACAGACAGACAGACAGACGGGCAAUCAAUCGGGUUGCAGCACGGACAAUGGAAGAGCGAACGAUGGGAAGUUGCGAGUCGGAAUGAUGAUGAUGAGCAUUAGGGCUUUUUGGUGGUGUAGGAUGUGUGUGAUGUGCGCAAGUGAGUGGUGGUGGUGGUGUUGAGAGCGCAGGCUCCGGGAGCUCGGUCGGACAGGACGAGCGUCCGCUCGGUCGCUCGGUCGCUCGGUCGGUGGUGGUGGUGUCGACGAUCGCAGGCGUAUUAGCUUUCCAUGUCGGUCGCGUGGACGGGGCUUGACGGGGUUUAGGGUUUGGAUCUCAGUGCACGGUGUACAUUGUGGACAGAUCCGAACGGGGUCGAAAGAGGCCACGAGGGGCGAUCUGGAUUUCCGCAGCAUGACAGGCAUUGUGCCAUCAACCGUGACAUGAUCGAUCUUGUUUGAUCUUGUUAAGGUCGCGGAUCUCAGGAGUUCGGAGCAUCCGAGUUCGGAAUUCAGCAGGAAUUUGCGGGUAUCUAUAUCGAGGAUGGCAGUGGGUACAUGUUCUGCGUGCACGAUUCUUCAACAUCGGUACCCACGUAGCUCUGAAGCUGGCCUCUCUGGCCACAUUUAUCACAGCAGACGGCAAUUAGCUCAGUUGAGGUCCUUCCUCCGGGUAUGCUCAGGAAGUAAACGCGAUCAGGGUCGGAUCUGUGCAAGGCCGGGUACCGACCGGUUGGAUAGAAUAUUUUGCUCUAGGAAAUCUUUUGCAGGUGCAGGUUUUGUAAAUUAUAAAAGUCUCGUAGGUUUUGAUUCUCUAGAAAAUGUCAGUGUUCUGAGUUCCAAGAAUUGGCGGAUAAACGCAGCCAGCAGAACAAACGCAGAAGACGACAGCAAGGGCUCUGAAAGUAAGGGCCCUGUUCCCAAUCAAAGUUCUGAAUCGGGCAAGGAUGAGAAGAGACCGAGCAAUUCCGCACAAGUUGAAGGAGCUAGUGGGGCUAGCACUUCUGAUAGAAAUGCACCUGUAGUUCCGCCACAUCAGAGCUGGUGGCAGAAGCUGAAUUUUAGAUGGAAUUGGAGUUGGGUACGGAAGGGAAGUUCUGCAGUGCAGGCUCAUGAAGUAGGGGCUCUGCUUCUGCAAUUGAGUGUAGUGGUGCUUCUUAUGCGUUUGCUUCGGCCAGGCUUUCCUUUCCCCGGACAUGGUGGGAACAAUGCAACCACAGAAGCUAACGUGGGCACAACAUAUGUUAGUGUUUCGUUUAGCGAGUUUUUGCAGAGAGUCCAACGAAACGACGUUAAGAACGUAGAGAUCGAUGGUGUUCACCUGACAUUUUCAUUGCGUCCCCAGGCAGUUGCUGCGGUCGAGCAACAGGUCGUUGAGAGGCAGGAGAAUGAUGGCUUCCAAUUGGGGCAAUCGGAAUUAGUCCAAAUUGCCCGUUCUAGCACCCCUACCAAACGGAUUUUGUUUACCACGACUAGGCCAAGUGAUAUGACAACGCCAUACGCCCAAAUGUUGGACAAUGGAGUCGACUUUGGUGCUCCUGACAAGCGCUCAGUGCGGCUGAUCAACUCUUUUUCGAUAGCUCUUUUAUAUGUUGGCCUGAUCGCAGGGUUAGUCGGGCGCUUUCCCAUAAAAUUUCCACAGCGUUCUACUGGACGUCUAAGGAACAGGAAGGGCUCUGCGUCAAGUGGGGGAAAAGAUCGUGAUAACGGAGGUCCGAUAAUGUUUGCGGACGUGGCAGGGGUUGACGAGGCGAAAGAAGAGCUCGAGGAAAUUGUAGAGUUUCUGCGCACACCCGAAAGAUACGCUAAACUAGGUGCUCGACCUCCCAGGGGAGUCUUAUUGGUAGGUCCUCCUGGAACGGGGAAGACGCUUCUUGCCAAAGCUGUAGCUGGGGAAGCAGACGUUCCUUUUAUAAGCUGUUCAGCUAGUGAAUUUGUUGAGUUAUAUGUGGGGAUGGGUGCCUCACGGGUCCGAGAUUUGUUUGCAAGAGCGAAGAAGGAUGCUCCAUCUAUUGUUUUCAUUGAUGAGAUUGACGCUGUUGCAAAGGGACGUGAUGGGCGGCUCCGCAGUGUUGGGAAUGACGAGCGGGAGCAGACGCUAAAUCAGCUGCUCACUGAAAUGGAUGGAUUCGAAAGUAACUCAACUGUGAUUGUUCUCGGCGCCACCAAUCGAGCUGACGUUUUAGAUCCUGCACUCCGCCGUCCUGGUCGCUUUGAUCGUAUUGUAAUGGUGGAACCUCCCGAUAGGCAAGGUCGAGAGGAGAUAUUGCAAGUUCAUGUGUCGAAGAAACAGUUGCCAUUAUCAUCCGACGUCAAUCUCAAUGUUAUCGCGGCUGCCACAUCUGGCUUUACAGGGGCGGACCUUGCGAAUCUCGUCAACGAGGCUGCAUUGCUGGCAGGAAGGGCCAGCAAGUCGGUGGUCGACAAAGAUGACUUUUCACGAGCGGUAGAACGUGCAGUUGCGGGGAUUGAGAAAAAACGUUCGACGUUGCAUGGUAGUGAGAAAGGUGUUGUGGCCCGACAUGAAGCUGGCCAUGCCGUUGUCGGUACUGCAGUGGCGAACCUUCUCCCGGGACAGACUAGAGUGGAGAAGUUGAGUAUACUGCCGAGAACUGGAGGUACACUAGGCUUCACGUAUAUUCCACCAGGCAGUGAAGAUCGCUAUUUAUUGUUCGUGGAUGAACUGCGAGGAAGGCUUGUGACUUUACUGGGGGGUCGUGCCGCCGAAGAGGUUGUAUAUUCAGGGCGUGUUUCUACAGGUGCUUUGGAUGACAUCAAACGAGCUACGGAUGUUGCCUAUAAAGCAGUUGCGGAGUACGGUCUUAGCUCCAGUAUUGGGCCUAUGUCCCUUGCAACUCUCUCCAGCGGAGGGCUAGAUGACUCGGGAUCAGCUUUUCCGUGGGGCAAAGAUCAGGGGCAUAUGGUUGACCUGGUGCAACGAGAGGUGAAGUCACUCCUCCAAUCUGCCCUCGCAAUGGCUCUUUUAGUCAUUCGAUCGAACCCUGCUGUUCUGGAAGGCCUUGGUGCACAACUUGAAGCGGAGGAGAAGGUAGAGGGGGAAGUCUUGCAGGAGUGGUUAAAUUCCGUUGUUGCUCCUGUUGAGCUGGCAGCGUUCAUUCGUGGUGAAGCCUUGCUUACUGCGGAGUAGUAGAGUUAUGUAACUUACAGUCCUCUCAGGGAAUGGAUCUAGAGAGGCAUCAGGGAUUUUUCCUUACCUAUCCUUUGGAGGUGCUACAUACUAGAGCGGGCUGAGAUCUUGGGUCUCACAAAUAGUUGUGUGAAAAUCUUUCCCAAGGCGAGUUGCCUAUUGAAGGUCGGAUCCUCAUAUCAUGUCAGCAACUUUCUGCAAUAUCAGUCACUUCUCCCAUGUACAAUAUCAGCCUAGAUUCUUGAUCAGCGGUGUAUUCUGCAGAAGGCAAUGCUGUUUGUAUAGAUAUAAAAUAUGCAGAUAUCGUGGUGUCGUCCAAACUCAUCAGAGCAGUUGGAUACUGUGUUUUAGAACUUGUUCCUGACGCAGUGUUAGGACUGUGCAAUAGUAAAUAUCCAGAAAAGUUUCAUGGAGUUAGUGGCCCUCUGCUUCCAAACAAGGUUCGCAACUGGGGCUACUGUUACAGCCCCUAGUCAGGCAAAGACGAGAUACGGAGAAUGUUUCAGGUCCACGUCUUGUCUGCAGUCCCUUGUUCUAUCUGUUACACUAAUUAACAAAAUGUGGUUGUCAGGCUUCCCACCUGAAUGGCCUCUGUAUAUGCACUCAGCAGCAUUUGUGAACCAAUUUUGUUGCACUUUUUUU